AUGGCUGUCAAGCAUGGCGAUCCGACCGAGGACCUCAUCCUGCCCAAGCCGCGGCGCCACUACCGCACUACAGUUCGUGCUGCGCAUUGGCAGUUGCGAUCCAUGAUUGGAACCGAUAACCAGAACAAGGUCUACUACCCUUCAGGAACGAAUAAUCUUAUUAUCCGCCAGCUCGACACGACAACCUGCGAGGCCGAGAGCGUCAAACACUUGACCUUCCCCCCUAGGUGUCUUGUCGCGUCAAAUGGUUGGGUCUGCUGCGGAGGGGAGACGGGCGAGUUUGUUGCGGUUCCCGUGGCUGGCCAGUCACGCCUAGCAGGUGAUGGCAACCCAUCGAUCAACAUGGGCCCGGACGAACGCCUUCCGAUCAACAUGAGUCUGCCCCGCAGCGCCGAUUUUAUCUUCACCUCAUUGACCCGUGCACGCUCCUCCAACAAGAGCUUGGUAGCAAAAAGUAAGAUAGUUGGUGACGAGCGGGUCAACUGCAUCACACUAUGGUUCCCCCCAUCGUCGGGCUCGAAAUCUCCAGGGGCGUACCAGGACCCGGUGGCAGUUCUGGCAAACAAUGACAAAACCGUGGUUGUGAUCAGGCUGUCGGACCAGGAAAUUCUUGACAAGCUCUCGUAUCCCGACUGUGUGAACCGCGCUGUCCUUUCUCCCGAUGGCCGGAUUCUCAUCGCAGUCAGUGAUGACCCGUUCUUAUACACACACGAGAGGACCGAGAAGACGGGGUCUUCCAACUCAUUUCGUGGUGUGGGCCGGUCAACUCACGAGUGGACUUCGUGCGGCAUGAUCCAUCUCAAGGGCCAGAGAAUCGAUGACCGAACAGACAACAGGGGUAGCUUUGCCGCGUGUUUUUCAAGCAGCGGGAAAUUCCUUGCGGUAGGAACUCAAUACGGCACCAUCUCAGUCUUCAGUGUGGUCGCCUUGACAAUACGGGAUCUGGACCCGCUCAUUACAUCAUUCACCUCGACGCGGCCAAAGGUUGACCUAGGUGCAGUGCGGGAUAUGGCCUUUGCGCCUGGCCCUUCCGAUCUUCUCGCCUGGACAGAAGACCGCGGCCGUGUAGGGGUUGCGGAUGCCCGCACUGGAUUUGUGUCUCGGCAGAUUUUAUACCUUGACCAGGCAGAUGAUUACGACCAUGUGGCAGUGACGGAUCGGCAACCUGGAGAUUCUCUAAGUGCCGACCCAGACCGACACGAUGCAUUGUCGUCGAGCUUUUCAAAUACACUCGAUUUGUCUCUAGAUGGUGGACAGAACCGACGACCAGGACCAGAGCGGGAGCCGCUCGAGCGGUACCACUUCCCGCUGACUGCGGACGAAACGCUUGUUUUGGAAGCUCUACAGGAGCAUCGCAGGCGGCAGGAGGCGCGGGUCAGAAUACCCUGGGCUGAGCGGAACACACGGGCGUCGGUGGCGCAGGACAGUAACACGCGGUCAAGAGAGCGCAGCGCAAGCGUGUCACGGGCUGUUAGCGACAUCCUUGGCAAUAUCCGGGAUCAGAGAGAUCGUAUACGCGAUAGUCAGGAGCGGUUGCGUGCUACGAUGCGGGAGGACAGCGCUGCGGAACAACGGCGACGGGGCGUGGCUGUCUCCUCGGCUGCUGGGACGGGGGAACAUAUAGUCCCUGUGCCCGCCGCCUCCUCGGCUGGCGACUGGCGGCCUUUCGUUUCUCGGCUCUCGGCAAACACACAAACCCCUGCCUCGAACAGCUGGGACAAUGUUGAAGCUUUAUACAACCCCAUACUGGGCGUUCCGCCUACCGAGGCGGUGGCAGCAGGCGAAGCUGAUGUGGUGCGCCGGCGGGAUAGGGCAGCUUAUCUCUUGCGCGAGUGGGAGGAAAAUCCUGCUCGGCGGACCCAACGGCCAUAUCCCGGAAGGGGGUAUGGCCAUCGCUACUAUGACCCUGCCGAUACUGCCGGACUGGUGUGGAGUGAAGACGGUCAGACCUUGUAAGUGACACCAAAUCACGACUCGGGUCUGUUUCAUGUUGCGAACUUGCUGACUCUGUCUGCCACUAGGUUCGUCGGAGCUGAUAACGGCAUUUACGAAUUCUGCGUGAAUAUACUUGGAAGAAAACUUUUCCCGGACAUUACGAUGCGGUAGUGGCCUCAAUGGUCGGGUAACGAUACUAUACGUUUUAAUGAAUUUGCACAUGCAUGCAAAGGGCAUGGGACCGGCGUUUAGGAUGGUGAGGGAGCCUGCCGGAGGUUACCUCUUCCAUAUCGAGCUGAGGUGGCAAAUGUUGGUGCCAACAAUAACCCGGGAAUCGGCCGAAUUCAUGACUAUUUUGGUGGAGAAAGGCAUUUGAUACAGAUGGCCCGUUUCUGCCAUCGACGGGGACGUAUUUGCGGGCUAUGAUGAAACACGGGAAUUUACGCAUGACCAGUACAGACGCGCAAGCCGUACACACAAGCCGGCCCG